GAGCGCGAGCGCCGCGCGUGAGAGAAAGCAGCACUCUUCAGCGGGAAUGGCGGAGACCGUUCGCUCGCUCUUUGAUUACCGGGAGCCGCCGACGCUAGACAGCGACGGAGAGAGCAGCAAGCCACCGCCGCCGCGAGGACGUGGCUGUGGAAGGAAAAGGAAAGGGACGCCAGUGAAGGUGUGUGAAAGAGUCUUUGCUACAGAGGAUGAGGAGGAGAGCAUGUCUGAGCACAGCUAUGGAAAUGAAAAAGGUGAUGAUCGUGAAGGUGCAGAGAACAGACACAGAGUGCGUGUAGUUGAUGGACAAUACUAUGAAACACAGUCUGCUCAGCUCUGUGUGAGUGAUGUGGGUUUGGAAGGCUCUAGUGGAGGGAGGGGGACCGUUUCGUACCCCCCACCACCAAACUGUCGCAUUCGUGAAGUGCACUGUGGCAGUCAAGUGCGGCUGAUCGUCAUAGCGAUCCGCGACAUCGCUAAAGGAGAGGAGAUCACAGUGGACUACAGUAUGACGGAGUGGGGAGAAAACGCAUUGGGUUUUCAUGGCUCUGUACCUCCUAGAAGCUUUGAGUGCAGCUCUGACCAUGAAAGCUAUGUUAAAAAGGAAGAUGAGUCCAUUCCAGUGCCACUUUCUCUUUCUGUGUCGAAAUACCUCACCCCAUCCUGGUCUCUCUCUCCUUCCUCCUCUCCUCUCUCUCACUCCGAGCCCAGCGACUCAGAUGAUGCCAGUAGAGAAACACGUAUGCGAACACCUCACCGCCGCAAGAAGCAUAAAGGCCCCUCCUCUUCGGCCACACAUGCUAAGACAAAACCACCACAGCAACUCCACAGUCAUCCUCCCUCAUUUGCUCACUCCCUACCCUCCUCCCCUCUGCAGCCCUCUGCUCCCUCCAGACCUGUGUUUAAGUGCCCAGCGCCUGCAGGAGUACCUGCUAAUAGUGUCAGUGUGGGUCGUGGACAAAGCACCAUGGCACAGAAACAGUGCUGUGUUUACUGCGGCCGUCACUUCCGAUCUCUCCCACGCCAUCUGGCCAAACACCACGCCCACCAGCCAGACAUGCCUUCUGCUCUGGAGCAAGUGCACUCCUCCGGCCAUCCUCCUCGUCUACAGGCUUCCCUCCCAUCAUCAUCUUCUUCCAGCAAGCAUUCCCAAGAGACUCCUGUGCCAGGUGUGGUGGUGGAAGCACCACAGUCUCCUCCCUCUCCUUCACUGUCUCCAGUCAGAAGAAGCUCUGCCCUCUCCAGCCCUACUCGCAAAAGUCCUGCCUCGCCUUCAACAACCCCUCCCAGAAGGGGAGGUGUUCCGGUGUCUGUGUUAAAAAGGAGCCCACCUACUCCUGCAACUCCCCCCAGGAAAGCAGGGCGCCGAGUGAAAAAAGAGAAAGAGGUUGGAGAUGUUUUUGAGAAGACAAAAGAAGAGAAAGUGCCCACUCCAGUGUUUGUGGAGCAGGUGAAUGAGGCAGAGUCAGAACAACUGAAAGAAGAGAGAGAGGACAAUGGAGGUAGAGAGGAAGAAAGUGGCAUGGAGGAUAAGACAGACUUAUCAAGUUCGCGCCGUCCCCACAUGCUUCCUCUUCUAUCCUCCCUCUCUACCCUGGUGUUGUACCUGCGGCGCCUACAGCACUCUGCCUUCAUCUCUCUCUCACGCUCACCUGAGUCGGCCGAGGGCUGGCGCCUCCUCUGUCACUCCAGCCUGGCUCUUCUCAUUCUCUACAACCGUCGCCGUGAAUGUGAAGUCUCCAAACUCACCAUCUCUGAGUACCAGGCCCGUGUCACACCCCAGUGUCCUGUCCCUGUGCCGCACGGUGCCCUGCCGGCUCUCACCCCACUUGAGGCCUCACUCUCUCCCUUCGAGCGGAUGGUCCUCCCCCAUCUUCCUCGUGUCGGGGUCCAGGGGAAGCGUGGCCGCGUGCAGCCGCUCAUCCUUCCACCGCACUCUGAAGCCUGUCUGGAGAUGCUUCUGCAGACACGUGCCGGUGUGGGCAUCGAUCCCCAGAAUACCUACGUCUUUGCCCGGCCGUUCCAUUCUCCAGCCACUCCUCUGAGAGGAACAGACUUAUUGCGCAGCCUGGCCCGGUCCAGUGGUACUCGGCAUCCACGGGCUCUAACGCAGACCCGUGUACGCAGGCAAGUGGCGAUACUUACACAGCUUCUGUUGUUAAGCGAAGGCGAGGAGGAGGGGCAGCACGGGGCUGCCACAGAACGAUUGGAAAGCUUCCUUCAGAAAGAGUAUCACGUGACACAAAGCUGUGCAACUAUUGGACAGGACCCUGGGCUGAUGGGGCUGAUUGGUCGGGUGGUGCUGUGUGGAGAGAGAGAUGGCGUCCUGUUCCGAGGAAUGAGUUUGCAUCAUAUCUGUUUGGAGUUAGAUGUGUUGUCAGGGAACUCUGCAGACUCGCUGUCAGAGGAGUCUGAUGUUGAGCAGAGUAAAGAGAAACUAGAGGCAGCCUCUCCAACAACCACCAUCAUGAGGAAGAAAACCACAAGCAACAUUAAAUCUCCCCGACCAAAGAAGAUGAGCAGCAGCUCCCCAUUCUCAUCAGGGCGUAAAAGGGCCCCAGGACAGCCCAAGACUGGUAAACGUGGCGUGCUGAAACGGCCUUGGUCUGAGGCAGAGCGGGCAGCUGUGGAGUCCCACCUAGUGCGUAACAUAAUGGAGCUGCGUGUGCCCGCGAAAGCAGACUGUGAACGCUGUCUGGAGCUCUGCCCCUUGCUGGUCACUAAUCAUCGCGAUUGGAGAGCUGUUAAAUUCUACUGCCACAACCGUAUCCAGCUGCUCAAGAAAACACAGCAGAGGCAGGGCCCACCCGUCCUGUCCGUCUGCUGAGGCAGCCUAUCAGCAGGCUACUAAGGAGGGUUGUUCAAUAAAAGGUGGCAUUUAAGGAAUGUGUGGAGGUGCUCAAUAAAAAAUAUUUACAUGGUACAGACACGGUAAACAUGAUAUAAAGAAGGCUUUAAUUAAUGUGAUGUAAUGUUAUAUGUGUUCAGUGUAUAAAACAUGGAAAUGGUACCUUUGGUACAGAGCCACUCUUGGUAGCAGAAUGCACACAAGAAAUUUUUUGUGUACUUACAUGUCACGACUAUGACAAAAGAAAACAAUAUUUUUGUCUGCACAAUCAGCAUGAGCUUUUCUGUCGAUGGUUUGAAAGCAGAUGAACAUUUUUUGACCAGUUGAAAGUCUCAAUGGUUUUGGUCUCUGUUUAGCCUUGUCUGCGUACAUCUCCUUCAAUUUGAUCAAGACUGAGAAAGAGUCAAACUGGGCAACUUGUGCUUUGAUGGGAGUGAAACAUUAGUCUCAUUCACACCUGUAGUGACCUAUCUCUACUACAUAUGGAGAACCUGAUAUUUCUAAGAAAAAUGUAAGAAAUAAGAAUUGGAUAAGAAAAAGUGUGCAAAGAACACUAAAUCUCAUCAAAGUUAAUUUUUAUCUGCCGUCUUUGCUCACUAAAACAACAAAUGUCUCUGAAACCAACUCGAAUUUCAACAUUUCAACAUUCAACAUCAUUUUCUUAUUUUGUACUUUUUAAUCAUUUGUGAUCAUUAGGUCAGUCUAUUGAAGUCAUUAAUGAAAAGAUCUGAUAUUUUCCCAUGACAAUAUUUCAUCACUGAUGUUAAUCCCGAGUCUUUUUUAACUGACUGGACUGAAAUGUUAUUUUAUAUUAUAGUACGGUGCUUGUUCUAACCAACCAGCAUUGAAAAAGGAGCAUCUACCUGUUCUGAUUCUUUAGAGAUGGACAUGGAUGUGUGAGCAGAUGAGUUUGAGUUGUGUUUUGUAUUAUCUGUCAAAGCUGUGUCAUUUAAACUGUGUAUUCGAAACACAUGAUAACCACACCUAACACCUCAGCUUAUACUUUAUUUAAUGAUAUAUUCUUUGCUGUUUUGUAAUCUGUCUUUUCGGCCAUUGCAAUGUACAUAAAUACACAUAUACAGUAUAAUCCUUACUAUUAAUAGUAGUAUUGGUAUUACUAUUAAAACGUACUGUGGCAAGUGUUUUUUCUUUUUUCAUUUCAAAUGUACAUAUUGAAUGUAAAUAUUUGCACGCAAAAAUGCCAUCGCACAGUGUGUAUAUACAUUGUAGGCAAGACAAGCUUGUUUUUGUGUUGUCUGUGUGUUUUUCUAAGUUGUCUGAAAUUAUAAUAAAAAGUUUUGUUUGUAAUUCUA